GUAUGUGGCAGUCUUGCAACGGAUUGGCGUCUUGUCCAGGGUGUGCCAUUCGCAGCUUUGAGCCCACUGAUUCUGGGAUAGGUGCUGGACCGCUGCAACCCUGACCAGCCAGAACAAGCCGUUAAAGAAAGCGAGAGACAUUUUAGCCAAAACUGAGCCAGGGAGCAGCUGUUUAUUUGUUCCAGGCAAUAAAUCCUUUAAUUUAAAAUAUUUUUCUAUCAGAAUGAGUUGCAUGCAGAGGUCACUUCUAGGUUUUCAUGUUGAUGCCAAUGGGCGAGAGGUGACGUCACAGGGAAGAAAGUUGUUCGUAUCACGAAUGGGAAUGCAUGGAUGACGUCACAGGAAAGAAUCGGGGAGUGCUCCUAAAAUUUCGAAACAACUUGUUUUAGGAGCACUGAAGCCGCAGUGCAGUUACUGUGAAAAGUGCAAUUUAAUAUCUCCCCCCGCUCCGCCACACAGCUGUUUUUUCACAAACUUAGAACACAGCAGCUCCCCCGAGGCACUCCAUGACGACUUUAUUGGCGAGAAGGGAAUGUUAUGUAAGAGGCAUUCAUUGCGCACCCAACCUGCCCUGGAGCAUCAGCCCGCCGCACCGCAGCGACAACCGGACGCGGCUUCCUGCCACUUUUAAAGAAUGAAUCGAGUGGAAGAGUGGCGCACGAGCCGGGCGCUGCGCGUGUACCCACAAUGCAAAGCAGUCCGGAGGAAGAGAAGGGAAAACACGGCAGCGUGACUGGAACGGGCAGAGCGAGCAGGCUCGAGGCGCUCGCAGUCGCACACCGAGCGCCAUUAACGGCACCUUUCCAGCGACAUCACCAGCAGCUCAGCUGUGGGUCAAAGCGAACUUAGCCCAACUUUCCUGCCGCGGUGCGCAGUAGUAGAACUCGGCGGGAUUCGGAAUCGGAGGAGUCGCGCGGCGCUCAGCUAGCAGUAGCUAAGCUAAGGCUAAAUGCCUGGCAGUAGUGGCUUCUGCUCUCCAUCCAUGUUGGAGCGCCUUCCGGCGGCGGCAGUGCCAUGAAUAGCGGGCUCCCACCUCCAGCCGCUCCGCCCGGGGUGGUCAAGGUGAAGUUCUGCCGCUACUACGCCAAAGACAAGACGUGUUUCUAUGGAGAAGAGUGCCAGUUCCUGCACGAAGACCCGGUCACGGUGUCGACGUCCGGCGUCGCGAGCAGCUUGUCCACCACCACCACCAUGCAGCACGGCGGCGGCGGCGGCAGCAGCCCGGUCCCCCUCUCCUCCCUGCCCGCUGCUGGAGCGGUGACGGCGGCGACGGGAUCGUUCUCCCUCGGCGGAACCGCGGCGCCGGCCUGUCCGGGCGGCGGAGGGACCGGAGGAGGUGUGUCGUCGAAGAAGAGCGACCCGCCGGCGGCAGGCGCUGCUCUGGAUGGGCAGCUGCUGAGCAUCCCUGGGUUAGAAGGUGGGCCCCUGACUGAUACCAGCCUGACCAACUCCUACUUCAGCAGCAGCUUCAUUGGGGUCAAUGGAUUUGGGAGCCCUUCAGAGCCCAAAUUCUCCAUGAUACAGAGAAUGACCAGCAGCAGCAGCUCACCAAGCCUCUUGAAUGACAGUGCCAAGAACUUCACACAGGAUCCAGUGAAUUCAUCAGCUUCUUCUCUUUUCGGUCACUUCUCUGGUCUGAGUCUGUCGCAAAGGAGAAAGGCUCCGAAUCCUACAGCGAGUGAGUUCAUACCAAAGGGGGCUACAGGACCUCGAGUGGCUUCCAUGUCUCAGUCCAGCAUGCCAGGCUUCUCCUCUCCAUUAUUUUCCCAGCAGGCCUUGGGCAGUACAGCUGCUGUUACAUUGGCGCCAGGCACGUCCCUGUCUGCCGGGUCGUCACCUCUCCACUCGCCAAAAAUCACACCCCACACCUCCCCUACUGCUCGUCGUCGCAGCCACACCCCCAGCCCUUACCCUGGUGCUGCCAGCUACGCUCACCUGGGCAACCCAGGAGCCUCAGGACACAUCAUCCAGAAGGAGACAGUGGGUGGGACCACCUACUUCUACACAGACAGUACCCUGUCUCCCAUGACAGGACUGGUGUUUCCCACCUUCCACAUCUACCCGCCGACGGCACCGCACGUGGCCUACAUGCAGCCGAAAGCCAAUGCCCCGUCCUUCUUCAUGGCCGAUGAGCUACGUCAGGAACUAAUCAACAGGCAUCUGAUGACAAUGGCACAGAUCGAUCAGUCGGAAAACCCAGGUUUCCCCACUGAAGUGGACAACUACCACAGCCUCUUUCCCCUGGAGCCUCUCCCCCCACCCAACCGGAUGCAGAAAAACUGCAACUUCAGUUACAUCACUUCCUGCUACAAAGCUGUCAACAGCAAAGAUGACCUGCCCUACUGCCUAAGGAGAAUACAUGGUUUCAGGCUGGUGAACACCAAGUGCAUGAUGCUGGUGGAUAUGUGGAAGAAGAUCCAGCACUCAAACUGUGUCACGCUCAGAGAGGUCUUCACCACCAAGGCCUUUGGGGACCACUCACUGGUGUUUUCCUACGACUUCCACGCAGGGGCUGAAACCAUGUUUAGCCGACAUUUCAAUGAUUCUACGGCAGACUCUUACUUCCCCAAGAGGAAAUGGGUGGGCCAGCACGAGCCCCCACCUCCCCGGCAGCAUGCUGGCCUGCUUCCCGAGUCUCUGAUCUGGGCUUACAUUGUCCAGCUGAGCUCUGCACUGCGGACCAUCCAUACCGCUGGUCUGGCCUGUCGGGUCAUGGACCCCACGAAGAUCCUCAUCACUGGCAAGACCAGGUUGCGAGUGAACUGCGUUGGGGUGUUUGACAUCUUAACGUUUGACAGCAGCCAGACGAACCCGUUGGCCCUGAUGCCUCAGUUCCAGCAAGCAGACCUCAUUUCACUGGGCAAGGUGGUUCUGGCCCUGGCCUGUAACUCUCUGGCGGGAGUUCAGCGGGAGAACCUCCAGAAGGCCAUGGAGCUGGUGUCCAUCAAUUACUCGUCGGAUCUCAAGAACCUCAUCCUGUACCUCCUGACAGAUCAGUCUCGGAUGCGGAGUGUCAAUGACAUCAUGCCUAUGAUUGGAGCUCGCUUCUACACCCAGUUGGAUGCUUCCCAAAUGAGGAAUGACGUCAUUGAGGAAGACCUUGCCAAGGAGGUGCAAAACGGGCGUCUUUUCCGGCUUCUGGCCAAACUGGGGACCAUCAAUGAGAGGCCAGAGUUUCAGAAGGACCCCACCUGGUCAGAAACUGGAGACCGCUACCUUCUGAAGCUCUUCAGAGACCACCUGUUCCAUCAGGUCUCUGAGACGGGCUCUCCCUGGAUAGACCUGAGCCACAUCGUUUCUUGUCUCAACAAGCUGGAUGCUGGGGUCCCAGAGAAGAUCAGCCUGGUGUCACGGGAUGAGAAGAGCAUCCUGGUGGUCACCUACUCGGACCUGAAGCGCUGCUUCGACAGCACUUUCCAGGAGCUACUUGCUGCCGCCAACGGUCAGCUGUAGCCUCGGGUGAGGCCUUGGUGCCAUUCGGCCCAGGGCUCAUUCAUGACUGAACCUGAGCAAAUUGCACUACGACAGAGGCGUGACCUCACUUCGGCAGGCGUCUGGAGGAAUGUGGCUUCACCUCAGUCUGGUACACUGGUCCCUCCGGAAGAAACUUCUGCAGCUUGUCUUUUUGGUUUCAUAAUUCUCACCCACGGCUGCAAUGAUGGACCCUGUGAGAAGCUGUGAGGAGUUUUUUUUU